AUGGCCGACAAGAACGGUAGACCGGAACAGCCGGCGCCAACAGCUGAAGAGCUUUCAGAGACUGCAGCAAACGAUAAUGAGUCGCAACCGCGAACUCGAUCAUCAACACAGAGCUCAGGCCGCUUACGAAGUGCCUCUCUAAAAUUUCUUGAGUCUAGUCCACCCCUGGGCUUUCUCCAUGCCGCAGGUACUACACUUGCGCAGGCGCCGACGCCUAUGGAAAUAAGACGAGGUGACUACGGACAUGAUGGAUGGGAUGGAGCGAUACAGCGAAGAAAUGGUAGCGUUAGCGAAGAGAGCACGCAAAGGCUUACGAGACAAACCACAGCCCAGACACUUGGAGGCAUCACAAGGACAAGAACUAUUCCACUACAAGCGCACCCAGAAACAGAAGAGGAAGGGCACCAGCCGCGUCCAGAGGCUGCAGGGACCUUUGAAGCGCAAUCUACGUCGGCCUCACAAGCUACAAUGCAGAAGCGCUCGGUUGCGGAUGAUGACGACGAUCCAUUCUCAAAAUUCAUUGGACGCGGAAGGAUAGAUAGUCAAGUUUUCGACCCUAAGACGAAGAUCGUGGCUAAGGAGCUCGACGGUACCACCGAACCUCCACCAGAACAGGACGACGAUCUAGAUUCCCUCGACGAGCUUGAUCCUCGCCCAAAGAAGCGGCUAUCAAAGCUCCCUAAUAAAUUUGUCGAUCCUACUGGCGACGCUAUUCCCCAGCCUGAUGAGAAGGCUGGCAUUGUUGAUGCAAGUGCAGCUUCCUCACCAACACUCGGCCCUCAAGAAGGGCCUGACGCAGACGGGCUCUACCCAAAUGGCUACAAAUUUCCCCCUAAGCACUCUUGGGGAGAGGCUACGCUUAUAGGCCUCAAAGCGUUCUGGAAAUUCACCAUUACACCCUUUGGUUUCCUCGUCGUCCUUUAUGGCCUCAAUGUCGUGGCAUGGGGUGGCAUGCUCUUCUUACUUCUGAUAGGUGGAGGUGAAAAAUACAUGUGCUUCCCUCCCAAUAAGCCUCCGGGCUACAAAGCCUGCAACAACAUCAACGCACCUCGACGAGUAUGGAUUGAAAUAGACAGUCAGAUACUCAAUGCUCUGUUCUGUGUUACAGGGUUUGGACUGAUACCUUGGCGAUUCCGAGAUUUAUACUACCUACUACAAUACAGGAUACGUGGGAAGCAGUCAGCCCUGCGAAAGCUAGGAGGGAUACACAGGGCUUGGUUCAGAUUACCAGCUCCGGCUACCAAGCUCUGGAGGUUGGACUAUGUCAUCUGGGCGUAUGUUUUGAAUACCUUCCUUCAAGCUGUACUAUCUGGUUUCAUGUGGGGCUUGAAUCGCUAUGAUCGACCAAGCUGGAGUACUGGGACUUUUGUGGCGCUGGCUUGUAUCGUUGCUGCGCUGGGAGGCUUGAUGUCAUUUCAAGAAGGCAAGAAAGUCAAAGCCGUUGAAGGUAUACCACUCAGUGAAGAAGAGGUUCUAAAGGAUAUAGAGAAGCAAGUUGUUCACGGAAAGAAGGUGGAGGUGAAGAAGGCGAAGAACCAGGACACAAAGAAGCGAUUCAACAUGAAAUGGCUGAGCGGUUAA